UGCAAGGAAAAGCGCCGCCAGGAAGGUAUUCCUCCAGUGUUGGAGCCGUCGCCGUGCUGCCCUCUGCUGGGCCGGCGUCGAGUGGAGAUCUAAUCGCAUUCACAUCAGGACAGGCAAUGUCAGGGGUGUUCACAAAGUUCGCUGUUACGUCCAUGGUGAUGUGGAUGGCCCCAGUUGUGAUCAUGUAUGGGUUCUACUACCAGGUGUUUCCAGGUGUGAGCCAGAUGUCACCCUCGGCUCGGACACUCGCUAGCGGGUUCCUUGCCGUUAUAUCAGUUAAUCUCGUGAUCGGCCUUUUCAUAUUCAUGGCGAUGAAGGAGACUCCACACCAGGAGCCACAGCCAGAUCCCACCUUUCUGGCGAACGCCAAAGCCAGAAUCAACCAGCCAGCAUUUUAUCAAGUGAGUGAUGAUUCCAAGGGGAAGGGGAAGGUUGAGUAA